UAUAAAUUGAGAUGUGUGUCAGUGUGUGGUGCAUCAUCCAUACACAACAUCUUCAGAUAAUUCUCCUUUAAUCUUAUCACCAAAUCAGUACGAUACUUAAAAUGGAUCCAAGAUUCAUCGACACCAUUCCUUCCUUGAGUUAUAAUGAUGAUAAGUGUGAUGAUGAAUAUGCAUUUGUGAAAGCUCUAUGUAUGAGUGGUGGAGAUGGAACCAACAGUUACUCCACCAAUUCUCGUCUUCAGAGAAAAGUUUUAACAAUGGCCAAACCAGUCUUGGUAAAAACCACAGAAGAAAUGAUGAUGAGCUUAGACUUUCCUACGUACAUCAAAGUUGCUGAAUUGGGUUGUUCUUCGGGACAAAACACGUUUUUGGCUAUCUCUGAGAUCAUCAACACCAUUAGUGUGUUGUGCCAACAUGUGAACAAAAACCCACCAGAAAUAGAUUGUUGUCUGAACGAUCUCCCGGAAAACGAUUUCAACACGACCUUCAAGUUCGUACCAUUCUUCAACAAGGAGCUCAUGAUCACAAGCAAAGCAUCGUGCUUCGUCUAUGGAGCUCCAGGUUCCUUCUAUUCCAGACUCUUCUCCCGCAAUAGCCUCCAUAUCAUACAUUCCUCGUAUGCCCUCCAUUGGCUCUCUAAGGUUCCCGAAAAACUUGAGAAUAAUAAGGGGAAUGUGUACAUAACAAGUUCAAGUCCUCAAAGUGCAUACAAGGCUUACUUGAAUCAAUUCCAAAAAGAUUUCUCCAUGUUUCUAAGGUUACGUUCUGAAGAAAUUGUCUCUAAUGGACGUAUGGUUCUCACCUUCAUCGGGAGAAACACUCUGAACGAUCCAUUGUAUAGAGAUUGUUGUCACUUUUGGACAUUGCUAUCAAAAUCUCUCCGCGACCUACUCUUCGAGGGUCUUGUGAGUGAAUCAAAGCUGGAUGCAUUCAACAUGCCGUUUUAUGAUCCGAACGUACAAGAACUCAAACAAGUGAUACGAAACGAGGGCUCUUUUGAAAUCAAUGAAUUGGAGACGCAUGGAUUCGAUCUUGGUCAUAGUAACUACGAAGAAGAUGACUAUGAAGCAGGACACGAUGAAGCCAAUUGUAUAAGAGCUGUUAGUGAACCAAUGCUCGUUGCUCAUUUUGGAGAAGACAUUAUCGAUACCUUGUUCGAUAAGUAUGCACACCAUGUGACUCAGCAUGCCAACUGCAGGAACAAAACGACUCUCAGUCUUGUCGUUUCGUUGACUAAGAAAUAAUCAACUUCUGUCGUAUGUUUUUUCUUUUUUACUACUGUUCAUUUGUUUCCUUCCAAGAUCUGCCACUCAAUGUGGUGCUAGUAUUGGAAAAAAGUGUGAUUGUAUUUGUAAUGUGUUUUGUUCUGUUCGA